UGUCGCGUUGCCAAAUCUCACCGCCAAAUAGUGGGGGUAGCAGCCCGCGGGACCUUGAGCCACUCAAGGGCCAUCAACAGGUGAUUAGAUCGGUUUCUCUGCGUUCGACACAACUUGGCUACAUACGUCGGCUCUCAUCUGCCCACCUCCGUACUCGUAGUUUUUCUCCACGGCCUCCCAGUAGUCGCUCCUUGGCCAAAUUUCUCAGGUCCAGCCAAAGCAUGAACACCGAACAGCCAGAGGCGCUCUCCGCAGUAUCCCCGCCAACCUCACCUCCUGCCAAGCGAGUCAAAGUCGAUACUGUGCCCAUCAUGGCCGACCAGAACACCGCAGCUUCCCAGCCGGCCACUACCACCAUCGACCAGGCACCCCCGCUUUUGAUCAAAAAGCUCUCUGACAAGGCGCGCCUCCCAACCCGCGGCAGCGCCUUUGCGGCUGGUUACGACCUCUACGCUGCCAAAGAGACCACUAUCCCGGCCCGGGGCAAGGCUCUCGUGGAUACUGACAUUAGCAUGGCCGUUCCCGCUGGUACCUACGGUCGUAUCGCACCCCGCUCCGGUCUCGCGGCCAAACACUUCAUCGACACCGGCGCCGGCGUCAUUGAUGCCGACUACCGCGGUCAGGUCAAGGUCCUGUUGUUCAACCACGCCGACGCCGACUUCAAGGUCGAGGAGGGUGACCGCGUCGCCCAGCUCGUCAUUGAGCGCAUCUACACGCCCGAGGUUGUCGAGGUGCAAGAGCUCGAGGAGAGCGUGCGUGGUGCCGGUGGCUUCGGAAGCACUGGCCGUAGCUGAAGGAUGCUCAAGACCUUUGUAAUGCGACCAUGAAUGUAUUAGAAAUGAGAAUGGGAGAAUUUGGAUCGCAUGCGGGCAUCCAGUUGUUCGCGGUAUCAUGCAUAUUGGUUUCCGUCUAGGCACAAGAGGAACGAACCUCGAAGAAGAAACGCUCCGACGUCACACGCUAUCUAGAAUCCAAUCGGAUCCGCCAGUGUAGUCUACUCGUCUAACCCAACCAAAGAACCUAUUCUACCAAGAGAAACCCAAAGAUAAGAAGAGAUUAGAAGGAUGACCUCCUACAUCGGCACCGCCCGGAGCUCCA